UAAUUCAUAAAUGUCAAAUUUUCUCUCUAGUGUGUUUAGAAAAACAUUUUGCUCGACGCUAAAUAAUAUUUGCACGCCUUUAAAUAUGUCUAAAAGAAGUGCUUUUAACAGAGCUCCUAAAUUUAAACCUGAAGUUAAGGCAGUUAAUCGAUCUAAACAAUCUGCUACCAUGUCUGCUAGAAAAGAAAAAGUUGAGGUUUUAUCAGAACCAGUAAAAUCAAUUUCUGAUAAAAAAUUAUACAAGACUAUAAGAUUAGAAAAUGGCCUCACAGCAUUACUUAUAUCAGAUCCCAGUAAACCUAGCCAGAAUGAUGAGAACAGUUCAAGUGAGGAGGAGUCUAGUGGAUCUGAUGAGAGUGGUUCUGAAAUUGAGAGUGACAGUGGAAAAUCAGCACAAUCUGAAGCCAGUGAUCAACAUGGUACCAAAAGACGUGCAGAAUUUGAUGAAGAAAAACUUGCAGCAUGUGCUCUGUGCGUCGGCGUGGGCAGCUACAGCGACCCGGCCGACAUCCAGGGCCUGGCGCACUUCGUCGAGCACAUGGUCUUCAUGGGCAGCGAGAAGUACCCCAAGGAGAACGAGUUCGAUGCUUUCAUAAAGAAAAAAGGCGGUUCAGACAACGCGUCGACGGACUGCGAGGUCACCACGUACUACUUCGAGAUCCAGGAGAAGCACCUGGCGCAGGCGAUGGACAUCUUCAGCCAGUUCUUCGUCAGCCCGCUCAUGCUGAAGGAAGCUAUGCAGCGGGAGCGGGAGGCGAUUGAGUCGGAAUUCUCCAUCGCCGCCCCAUCUGAUUCCAACCGCAAGGACCAGCUGCUAUCCAGCCUGUUCCCCGAGGGUCACCCGGCGCGGAUCUUCACGUGGGGCAACAUCAAGUCGCUGAAGGACGACGUGCAGGAUGAUGAGAAGUUGUACCGGGCGGCGCACGAGUUCCGGAAGAGGCAUUAUAGCGCGCACCGGAUGACGUUGGCGGUUCAGGCCCGCAUGGACCUCGCCUCUCUCGAGCAGUACGUGGUGGGCACUUUCGGCCAGAUACCCACCAACCGCCUGCCCGCCGACGACUUCAGCCGCCAUGCGUACUCGCCCGACACCGUUACACCGGAGUUCAAGAGCAUAUACUACGUCAAACCCAUCAGUGAUACUACCGAGAUCCACCUGACGUGGUGCAUGCGGUCGCUGAUAUCGGAGUACGAGUCGAAGCCGCACCAGUACAUCUCGCACCUGCUGGGACACGAGGGCCGAGGCAGCCUGCUUUCAUAUCUUAGGAAGAAAGUAUGGGCGUUGGGCAUCUACACGGGGAACUCGGAGAGCGGCAUCGACUACACCUCCAUGUACAGCCUGUUCUCUGCGCAGGUCGUGCUCACUAAGGACGGGCUAGAUCAUAUCGAUGAGGUACUAGAAGCAGUAUUCUCCUAUAUUAACAUGUUGAGAAAAUUGGGGCCGUCCGAACAGAUUUAUGAAGAAAUAAAGGCGAUAGAGGAGACGAGUUUCCGUUUCUCGGAGGAGUCUCAGCCGGCGGAGUAUGUGGAGACGUUGGCGGAGAACAUGCACUUCUUCCCGCCAGAACACUACAUCACCGGAGACAAGCUGUACUACAAGUACGAUCCUAAGGGUAUAACAGAGCUGCUGGACUGCAUGCGUGCGGACAACGUCAACAUUAUGAUACUGUCCAACAAACACACCGUACCCAUACAGUAUGACGCCAAAGAGAAGUGGUUCGGAACUGAAUAUAGGAAAGAAGAAAUACCAAAGCCCUGGCUCGAGAGGUGGUUAAACGUAGAACCAUACACCCAUUUCCACUUACCGGAGAAGAAUAUCUACAUCACCACCAACUUUGACCUGGUACCGCCAGCGCCCGCGUACAUAGAGGAGGCAGAACGGUUAGGACUGGAUCUAGAGAAGAGCUCCCCUAAGGAUAUCUAUAAGAAGGUUGAGUCGAGCCCCCGGACCAACAAGAUUAUGAAACAUGGCGAUCUCAUUGCUACGGUUAAUAAUUUUAGACUGGACCAGCCGAACCUGCUCCGCAAGAACCGCCACAUGGAGCUGUGGUACAAGCCCGACUUUAAAUUCCGUUUCCCCACCGCCCUGCUCUACUUCUACUUCAUCACGCCGCUCAGCUUCAAGUCGCCCCGAGAUUCGUGCCUUAUAGACUUAUGGACUGAUGUUUUACAGCAAGGUUUAAAGGAAGACGUGUACCCGGCGAACAUGGCGGAUCUGUCGCACUCUCUGUUCGUCUCGGACAAGGGUCUCACGAUGAAAGUCAGCGGCUACAGUCAAAACUUACAUUUGGUGGUAGAUCUGAUAUCACGGGAGAUGCGGACAUCUACGGACCAACUAACGCCGGAGCUGUUCGAGGCGGUGCGGGACGUGCGAGCGCGCUCCUACCACAACCUGCUGCUCAAACCGCAUAAACUUGCCAAAGAUCUCCGUAUGAACGUCCUACUGGAACCGUACAUAUCGCCGCGGGACAAGGCGAUGGCGAUACAGAACAUCACGCUCGCUGAACUGAAGGACUACACCGCUAGAUUAUUAGACAAGCUAUACUUACAGGUUCUCAUACAAGGAAACGUACCGUGGCACGAAGCUAUCAAGAUCUCGGAGAAUGUUCUACACACCAUUAAGUGGGAGGGUCUGGCUGAAAACGAGCUACCUGACACGCGCGUGCACGAGCUUCCCCUGGGUACGCGGCGCGUGCGCGUGCGCAGCCUCAACCCGUCGUCGACGAACAGCAUCGUCGCCAACUACUACCAGGGCGAACCCGCCACAGACAAGGACUCCGCCGUCGUUGAAGUGCUUAUGAUGCUGAUGGAGGAGCCGGUGUUCGACGCGCUGCGGACGAAGGAGCAGCUCGGGUACAGCGUGUUCUCGCUCAUGCGGUACACGUUCGGCGUGCUCGGAUACUCCGUCAGCGUCAACACACAGGUGCAUAAGUUCAGCGUGUCGCACGUAGACGCGCGCGUGGAGGCGUUCCUCGAGAAGUUCGCGCGCGACAUGCGCCGCCUCAAGCCGCGCGCGCUCGCCGCCGCCGUGCACGCGCUAGUGCAGCUCAAACACACAGCUGACUACGAGCUCAAGGAGGAGGUUGAGAGGCACUGGAGAGAGAUAACCAACGGGGAGUACAGGUUCCAGAGGCUGUUUACUGAGGCGGACGCCAUUGAGAAUGUGACGUUGAGUGACCUGAAGAGUUGGGUCGAGAACCACUUCGCCACGGGCAACAAGUCACACUUUAGGAAAUUAUCCGUACAGGUAAUUGGUAAUAAACAGAACGAGACGUCUACCGAGGAAGAAGUUAAGGUAAAGAACUACACACUUCAAUACUACGACGGUUCAGAAGACGGCGACGCCGACAAUAGUUUCGUUAAAGAUUUAAACGAAUUCAAGAAAGCACUACCGCUGCUAGUUGUGCCUAAAGUGGAACUACUUCAAUGUUAAUGUUUGUAGAUAGACAACAGUGAUGUAAUUUAAAAAUUUCGGGCCUACUUUAAUAUCUGCUGUCUCUUUCAUACACAAUCAAAAUAGACGAGACAGUUGACGCUUACCUUUAUCUAAUAGUUUAAAUUGCUCAAAGGGUAAAAGAAAUAUAUAAAAACGAUGUACGCAAACUAAAAGUCGUCCCACAAUAAAUCUCUAUUAUGGCUAACGCUAAUUCAUGCUGUAUAUUUAUGUCAAGAUGCUUUUCAGCGUAUCAAACUCAGAAAGCAACAUUUUUGUUAAUAAGUUUUAAAAUAUACCAGUUAUAUACCUCCAAAAGAAAAAAAAAUGUACUUAAUACGGACGUAGGUUGUGUUUGAUCAUGCUUGAAUUUGUUGUUACUAUAUAGAUUUAUAGGUACUCAAGAAUUGUUGAAAAUAGUAAAUAAUGUGUUUACAUUUGUUGACAUAGUUUGGUCGCAGGACAGAGAGAAAUUGGUCUACCUAUCGCCAAGUUUCUCUAUCCAGCCAUCGAACUCUUGCUUAAUAGACAAUAUAAAUUUUA